CACCACCGCACACCUCAUCAAGCUUCUCAUCCUCUCCAUAUUCUCCCGUCCGUCAUCCGUCGCGCCCUUGCACUGCAGUCAGCACCACUCGCCUGUCUAAUCAUCGCUCUCCAACGCGCGGAGGUUGUCCAGUCGUUCCGAGCUUGUGCGACGCCGGAAUAAUUCUAAGACGCCUUUUCCUAUCGCUGCAACAAUAGCCCUGCCCAGUCAACGCUCCAUUGCUGGUCGCUCGCCCCCGCCGGUGAUGGUCACUGUCAGUUCAUGGCCUCGCUGAGGCGCAAGAUAUUAUCGAGGCAGCAGCUGCGCGAAACCCACGCAAAAGCAACGCGGUGACAGCCUCUCCUCACACGAUACGCUCGGUCCUCCACAAUGGCGCCCUCCAACAUGUUUUCGUACCUACGGAACCACAACAGGCGCAAUGUCUCGAAUCCUGCCUCUCCAGAUCCCCCCAAUACCGCGGGCGCGCAGCCGAUCCCCACGCCCUCACCCUCGCUGCAGUCGCCCGAGGUUUUUCCUGCGACGCGGCCGGCCGACAAUGCCAGUUUCAACUCUGGCUCUCCAGUCUCGCCCUAUCCACCGCAGCUCCCGCCAAUUCCACGCGUAGCCUCGCGGAUCGAUCGUUCGUCCGCAAGCUCUGCCGUUACCAGUCCCCAACCCCCCACCAGCACACACUCAAGUUCUACUGGCAUAAACAAUCAAAUAGCGGAAACCCGAGGGAUGCGCCCCGGUUUGGUGUCCCUCCAGGACCAGUUUUUGUCGCCAGGACAUGAUAAUCAGCGUCCCUCGUCGAGGAAUGCACAGUCGAGCCCAGUGCCAGGCUUCCGGUCGAAAGGGCAGAGCCUCGUCGAGGUGGUGGAGCACGCAGUACAGGACUCAUACCCUGCGCAGCCAUCUUCACAGCUAUCACCACCCAGCAUUGCUUCGGACUACUCAACGAAAUCCCGCUCCCAGACGUCACUCGUCGGUGGCUUCAGCGACAGGUUCUCGAGUGCGCCCAAGCCUGCAAACACCCCAGCUGGCCAACAGAAGUCUGUCAAAUCCAGGCUGACUCUGCGGAAUCCCAUGUCUCUUUUGAUGCGACGCAGGUCUGGGCAGCCGUUAGAACACCUCGCAGACGAGUCAUUAGUCAGCCAUCGAUCGCCCUCAGUAGUGCCUCCCAUGCCAGACGACUACGAUCCGAGUAUUCGCGGACGAAUUUUCCACGACUUCAGCGUUCCUCGACCGAACCGAAACUUCUCGUAUAAUAAUGCAUAUGGGAACGAUCCGAGCAGGCCGCCCUCGGGAAAUACCCCACAAGAAGCUGAUCGCUACAGUCCACCCAAAGUGGAACGCGAACACACCCCUGUGUUUCGGGAGCAUUUCGAUGACGAUAGCAGUUACGAAGCCUCCCAGGCCGCCAUUCGAGCGGAACAGCUAGUGAAUCGGGAUUUUCUCGCGAGAAACUCUCUUCUUGCACCUCCUCAAAGAUCUCCGCCACCCCCUCCGCCUCUGCCCAAAGAUUCUCCUCCAGCGCCUCCUCCUCAACAUUCAUUACCCUCUACUUCUUCUUCUUCUUCUUAUCCUCCUCCUCCUCCUCCUCCUCCUCCUCCCCCUCCUCCCCCUCCUCCUGAGAAGACUCUAGAUGACUUCGAAUCAUCCGUCUUAUCACCAGUGCAAGAAGCGUCAAGCCCUACCGAUGCCUCCACCGACGAAACGCCGCGGAAGAGGAAAUCAACCAAGACACCGCCUUCAUCCCGGUCAAGAGCUACUUCAGUCACAGAUCCAUCAUUUGUACCGGCUGGUCUGCCCGCACACCUCACGAGCAGAUCCUCAAGAUUCAGCUUCCAGAUUGCCGGCAAUGACUCGGCACAAGAGAAGCUGCUCGAAGAGAGGCAUAAGCAGAAGGCAGCCGAAAAGGCUUCUAAACAAACUCGCAUGUCGACAACUACGCUUGACGAUGACUAUGACGACUAUGGCAUGGAUGACUUUGACAUGGAUGACGGAUUCGAGGAAGACAUCCCCAUGCUUGGCGACGACUACGACUUUGGCGACGCAUCUAUGUCUCCUGGAAUGUCUGCCUUCGACUUCUCCUCAUUCACCCUACCCAUGCACAACAACCCAAUGAGUCCAAUUAGCAUGAAUGGAGAGCUACAGACACCUCGCGAUGCAAACGGAAAUGCUAUCGGAUUUGCCCUUUCCAACGACAUGGUUCAGAGUGUUCAUUUGCCUGCACCUGGACGGCACUUGAAUGGAUCCGAUGUCCCUAUCACUGAGAUGCGUGGGCUUGGUUUGAUGGAGCUUUCACAUGGGCCUGGAGAUAAAUCGAAUUUCACUCCUGCCGAUACCCCCGAAGACACGAACACCACUGCGACAGAUGAACCGAGCACAGGCAAGGUGGAUUUGGAUGAUGAUUUGUACUUUGAUGAUGGCAUGAUCGAAGAGCAGGGAGACAUUGACGCUGUCGAAUUUGAUGAAAACGUAUUUGACGACCCAUCCCAUCCGCUAUUUGAACGCAAGAUGAAACCACCACCCAUCGAAGAGCUUAAAAUUGGCCUUUCUUCUCAUCCACCGGAUAUAUCGAGUUCAGAAGCUGGAUACGAAGCAGAUGACGACGAUCUCACACGACAUAUCAACAAGGCCGAACCAUCUCUUGCCCACAAAACCUCCACAGCCGCUCAAAGGCCUGUACCGGGCUUCGGCAAUCUUGACGCUUACCACAAUGCGCUUGCAGAUGCUGCAAACCGUGCAGAGGCAGAAGGACGGUUCGCGCGCAAGGAAAGCGUUGAUGUUGGACAAGUAAGCUCUGAUGCUGGUGACUCUUCUCUCAGCGACUCGCGUCCUAGCCUUAUACCCGAUGAUGGGCGCUAUAGUCUAGACACUGCUGGUUUUCCGUUUGAUGAUGACGGGUUUGGUAUGGACUCUAGCUUUGUGGACGAUUACGAUUACAGCGAGUACGACUCUGCGCUAGAAGACGAUCCCAUGAUUGCCGAGGCAAACGCUGAAGCGCUUGCGAGUGAUUAUGAAGAGUUCUACGGCCAGGAAUUCGGGUUCUAUGCUAGCGCCCAGGGAGAGGCAGUAAACGCCUAUGGUGGCUUCUUCGGGCCAUCAGGUCUCGGUCGCAGUGUUAGCGGCCGCAAUGCCGUGCGUGAACCCAACCUCACGCCCAUCACGGAACGUAGCGAAUACAGCACGAGAAACUCGUUCAUCAGCCUCAACCAUUUCCGUGACGGACAACAACCGAUACAGAGUCCAGGCCUCGCGCAGCUAGCACGGAUCAGUCCGUAUGGCUGGCGAGAUGAUGAUCCAGACAUGAGCCUCGAUUCUCUCAUGAAACUACGAAAAGGCGCAUUUGGGGGAAGUAGAGCCAGCUUAGGCAGUUCCACAGGUAACAGCCCACGAAACUCGAGUCCUAUGGGUAUGCAAUACGUCCCCGGGACAGCUAGCCCGAUGGCGAAUUAUUCCAGAGGUAGCGUAGAAGUUGGUGACAGCGAUGACUCUGUCCCAGUCGUAGAUGACGAAUUCGAGGACGACAACGAGGCUCUCGAUGCAGUGAACGCUAUUCCGGGGGAGUAUUCCUCCAGCUCAGAAGACAGUUCAGCCGAGGAAGAAAGACCCGGAAGCCCAACCUUAACAGCCUCAGACUACAACUCUCUUUCCAGCCCGAUAAGUCAAGCCCAAUCCCAAUCUCAGAACCAUUCUGCCCAUGACAUGCCACCGCCCCCAUUACCGCGCUCCAAAAUGGCCGCGGGCAUAGGAAUCUCCCCGCCUCCCCUAAGUCUUUCAACAACCUUCACUCACCCCCAUUCUAAUUCCAUCGACACAAAUCUCUCCUCCCCUACCCUAGCCUCUGCACCGGGCUCGGCGCCUCGUCGCCAGUCUCUUGGCCUCGUAUCACCCAUCUCUACGAACUCACCUAUGACGCCUGGAGGCGGGUGGAAGGGUGGCCAUAGUCGGAAAGGUAGCGCUGCGGAUAGUGUUGCGUAUGUAAGAGAACAUGAUGAGCAGGGAGGGGAUCGAUGGGUACUGGAAAGAAGGAGGACGGCAGAGAGCGGGGAGCUGGAGUUGAUUGGUAGGGAGAUUGUUGAGGGUGGGAGGAUAUAACAAGUUGAGAUUGGAAUUGGGAUUGGCAUACGCAUCGUUAGAGCGAACAUCUCUUCCUUUGUUUCAGCACUCCGAAUUUUCACGCUUUUGUGCCGAACUCGUUUGGCUGUUGGAUCGCAUUGCAUGGCGUUGGUUCUGGUCUCGGUUUUUUUUCUCUCAGCGCAAGUAAGCGGGUAUAGCUAGACCUCCGGAGUCCUUGGAUAGGGUUGGGAGACUUGGACAACAUACCAUCAUCAUAUAAGCUUAUCAUAGAUAGCAUCGUACUUAGCGAGCAGGCAGGCAGGCAGGCAUUGAGAUCAGGUAUUUUCAAUGGCAU